CAGCUCACAUUUCCGUACACGAAGAAGAAGGGUCCCACAUUGAAUUGUUGUGGUCUCAUGUGUUGAAGAAGUACAUCUGUCGCAUUUACAGCUUUAUUAAACUCUUUAACUUCAAAAGUAUCAGUAAACAGCUUGCUUUUGAGCUGGUUAAUGUAUGGUAAGAGUUUAUGUCCGGCGUGUAUAACUGAGACAUUAGCUCACACUGUUUGUGAAUGUGUGUAGCUAAUGUUAGCUAAUGCUAGCUGUCAAUAGCUAACAGUGAUGUCCUCGUCGUGGACAGAGCGGCAGGGACGGGUGGGAGAUCUGGGGAAACAGAGCAAAGAGGAGCUCCAAGAACUGCUUCUGCGACAGGAAAAGAUACUCUCGAACACGAGGUUUUUACAGAGUCUUCCUGACAAAGGGAAAAAGAUAAGAGAAUUUGCAGAGAAAGUGCACCUUGCCAUUGAACACUUUGAUGAAGAUGAGAAGAAACAGAGCCUGGUGUUUGCUGCCAGGAAAGAGUUACAGUCCAAGUACCAACAUGCUUUCACGUCACAACGUGGUGUCCCCAAUGCACCCACAGCCUCACAACAAAACAGGCAAAGUGUGGCUGCUGCAGGAGAUGCUGUCUCAGCUCAGGUGCAGGAAAGAAACACUUUGUACGAGCAACAGGACAAGUCUGACUCCAGAGAAGCUGCUGGUGAAACCAUGGAGACGGCAGCGGCUGGGGUCUCUCUGACCUCUGAUGAGCGAAAGCAAGACGGGGACCUUGUUGAGGCCUUUGAACGGGUCAGACUGUCUGAAACUACUACAGGUUUAAAAAUUAAAGAACCAGUAAACAUCCCAGCAAGAGACAAUUACUUUCUCAAAAAGCAAAUACCAAAUCAGCCUCACCAUGUUACUCUCCUGGAAAGAACGGAGAACACUUCAGCACCCAGGAAGCAAAGAUUUAAACCAAACCAGCUGCCCGACAGAGGUGACCCCUCUCCAUCAGGAUCCUCAUCACCCAGCCGCUCUUCUGGAGCAUCAUCACCGCUAUCAGCUCAGGCCAGGAGGGAGCGGGACAGAAAGCACCUGGAUGACAUCACUUCAGCCAAAAUGCCUCCUCUGAUCUACAGUCCGGCCAAGCUUCUGUCUCUGCACGAGUCCGCCUCACUACAGCAGGAUCAAACCAGAAGGCAGCAGGAGUUGUACGCCAAGCUGGCAGCCCAGAAACUGUCGGAGGGAUUGAAGGUCUCUGUGGGGAGCUACACUCCUGACGGCGGCCCCAUGGCGGCCUACAGAGAGGUUCACGACGAAGGAACGCAGCUCUCCUCCGACGAGGACUGACCCUGGAGGGCCGGAGCUGGGGAAACCAGAGAGAGCUUGGCCUUCUGGGAAACAGGCUUUGGAUCUUGCAAUCAGGACCCAUCAAACAGGAUUUUCCCUCCAAGGACAAGUAUUCUUAAGAGACGAAAAGAGUCUUUACACCGUGUGAAGGCAUAGUUGGUAUCCCCGACUCGGCUCAGGAAAUUGAAUGGCGGGUUGAGAAACCAGCUUACCUAAUUGUCAUUCAGUAUUGGGCUCAGUAGUUUAGUGUCCUGCAGGAAUACAUAAUACCUGCUGCCGAUUACAACUCUUAGAUGCACAUUUGAAACAUGUAUCAUCAUGAGGGAAUAUGUCAUUAUAUUAUUAAUUAUAUUCACUUAAAACCCAUCAGCUUGUGGAGCAGACUGGACUGCAGACUGGUGACUGUUUCCAGAUCUGUCUCAACUCCAGACAUGAGCCUGCAGACAGUUGUGUCAGUUUGAAGUAUUACAGAAAGUGUAUGACAAUUCAAUAAAUACAAUUGAUUCCUGAAAUGGUUACAGAUUAUAUUACAAACGCUGCAAAGUGCCUCGUCAGCUUCUUCAGUGAGGAUGAAAAUUGAUCUACAAUAGAUAUUCUUUCUUUUCUCUUCAUAAAAUAAAACUGCUGACUAAUAAGGCAUAAGACAUAUCAUACAAUUUAGCUGAGAAUCUUAUAUCUGUAGAACAAAAAUAAAACAUGUUUUUUUAUAGUUUUUGUACUACUUUUGUGGUUUAUGACUUUUUGUAAAAGCCUCAGGUUACUAGCAUUAACAAAAAGUAUUCUCUGCUUCAGGAUUAAGCCAGCAGGAGGCUAAUCUGAACUCUAACCUGGCAAAAACAUUUGUAUGUACAGUUUUGAAUAAAAACUUGAUGAUC